AUGACAUAGGCGACGCCGGCAGUCAGGGGAGCCGAAUUCCGAGAAUCUCUCUUGACAAGUACCCCCACCAUGGCAGAGCCCUGGAGUCCCAAACGCAGUCUUGCUGAAGUGAACGCAUUGUUGACCGCACCGGGAACUCCGCUGGAGGUGGAGGAGCGACUCGUCGACGGACGGAUUCUGCGCGUGUACAAGAACCAGUGGCCCUCGUUACGCGCAUUCUGGCUCUGGGCCGCGACGACGUACUCGGAUCGUGUGUAUCUGGUGUUCGAGGAUCAACGCUACACAUACAAGGCGGCGCUGGCGAAAUCGCUGACUGCGGCUGCCGUGUUCCGGGACGUUUACGGCAUCCGAAAAGGCGACCGCGUCGGGAUCUGCUCGCGCAACUACCCGGACUACAUGAUUGCGUUUUACGCCUGUCAGCUUCUCGGGGCCGUAGCUGUGCUCACCAACGCGUGGCUCCCGACCGUCCCGCUAAUCCACUGCUUGACACACACAUCGUGCAAGUUGAUUGUGCUCGACUGCGAACGAGCCAAGCGGCUGCAGCCGUCGACCGGGAAGCUCGGCGGGGCCAGUCUUCUUGUGUUGAAUAGUCAUGAAGACAAAGGACGCCGGUGGAAAGGCAUGCGCUGCUGGGACGAGGUCAUGGCGGCCUAUGAUAAAGACACGAGUGAAAUUCUGAAGCCGGAUUUCGUUGACAUACAUCCCGAGGACAAUGCAACCAUCAUGUUCACAUCUGGGACAACAGGACUCCCGAAGGGUGUGCUCAGCACACAGAGGCAAUUCGGGACGAACAUUCUGAAUGCCAUCGUCGCUCGCCGACGUGCUGCUCUUCGACGCGGGGAAGAGAUCCCGGUACCCGCUCCGGGAUCACCCCAGCCGGGGUUGUUGAUCUCUGUGCCGUUAUUCCAUGUCACGGGCCUGACUUCGCAUAUGAUGAUGGCGACCUUUGGCGGCGCUAAGGCGGUCUUGAUCCGGAAAUGGGUCCCAGAAGAAGCAGCUCGCGUUAUCAUCGAGGAGAAAUUGACAUCAGCCGGAGGAGUGCCUUCGAUGCCAGGAGACUUGCUGGAAACCAUCCUUGCUAAGCAGCACUACCCGAUAGAGGGUCUCUCGCUGGGCGGCGCACCGGCUCCCGAAAGCUUGCCGGCCAGAGCUAGGAAAGCUUUCCCCUCCGUCACAUUGAGUCAAGGAUACGGAAUGACCGAAUGCAAUGCGAUUGCGACUAGUUUCGCGGGCGAAGAUUAUCUCGCAAGACCUACAAGCUGUGGUCUUCCCCCACCUGUCAACGAAAUCUCCAUCGUCGCCAAGGGGAGAGCAGUCCCCGCCGGAGAGGUCGGCGAGGUGUGGAUUCGCGGACCCAAUGUCAUGAAGGAGUACUGGCGCGAUACAAAGGCGACGUCAAAGGUUCUCACGAAAGACGGAUGGCUGCGCACCGGGGAUCUCGGCCUACUGGACCAGGAGGGUUUCCUGUAUAUCAAGGACCGAAUCAAGGACAUCAUCAUCCGCGGCGGAGAGAACAUCGACUCUACGUCCGUGGAGAACGCGCUGUUCACUGAAGGUGUUCAGGAAGCUGCUGCGGUCGCCGUGCCCGAUAUAAAACUCGGGGAACUGGUCGCUGCGGUCGUGUCCGUGUCUCCAGAGUUCCGAGAGAAGAUCACAGAAGCAGGACUCAUUGCGCUCGCGCGGGAACGACUGCCCAAAUUUGCGGUGCCUGUGAUGGUGCUUUUCCUCGAUGUGUUGCCGCACAAUGCGAGCGGGAAGGUGGUCAAAGCAGAUUUGAGAGCGCUGGCAGGAAAGGAGUGGGAGAGAAGGAGAAAAUUCGCUGCCAAGUUAUGAUAAUAGAUUCUGAACCAUGAGAUGUAGUGGAAAGAAUCUCAAGUAUGGUUGAUCUCGC